CAACCCAUCAAGAAAUAGAAAAAAGAAAAGGGGGAAACACAAAACCGACCUUCCAACUUUCCUUACAUUUCCCUUGCUGAACAGUCCAACUUCUCUACUCAUCUCUCUCUCUCUCUCUCUCUCCUCUCAAGUCCCACCUUUCUUCUGUAAUCUUCCUCAUCCCUUCUUCUACACACAUGGCGACGGCUACACAAAAUUCCGCAUCCCUAAAAUUAGAACCAGAAAACCCUAAAAAAACCCUAACCUCAAAUCUCACCGACAAAUCCACCACCAACAAUUCCUCCGCCGACGCUUCAAUUGAUAACAACAAGGAAUCAACUGAUGACGACUCUAAGGGUGCUGAAACUGUUCAAGAUACUACCACCACUACACUCGUUUCUUCUACUGAAGUUACUGCUUCUGCUUCUGCUAAUGAUGUCGAUAAGAAGGUUCGUAGGGCUGAAAGAUUCGGCGUUCCUGUCCAGUUGUCUGAGCAAGAGAAGCGCAAUUCUAGGGCUGAAAGGUUUGGCAUGGGUGGUGGUGGCGGAUCAGAAGCAUCAAAAGCAUCUGAGGAGCUGAAGAGAAAGGCUAGAGCAGAGAGGUUUGGGCUUUCUGCAUCAGCUGACGAGGAAGCAAAAAAGAAAGCUCGAAUUUCGAGAUUUGGUUCAGAUACAAAGACAGACAGUACAAAGACAGACAGUAAAAAGACAGACAGUACAAAGACAGACAGUCUUGAAGAAGAGAAAAGGAAAGCAAGGGCUCUCAGGUUUUCACAAACUUCUCCGAAUGCUGUGCCACAUGUCAACGGAAAGGAAGAUGUUGGUUCGAAUACUGCAGUAGAGGGCAACGCUGAUGAAGGAGCUUGAUUACUGGUGCAGAUUAUUUUCAUAGUGUAGCGCAACUUCUUUUUUUUUUCUCCUUGUUCUGUGGCCUCAAUACCUUUGACAAUCAAUUCAGUCUUUGAGAUUGCUGCUGAAGUUUUGAGUCAGUGGAAGAUGUUCACCUUGUAUUCAGAAUCCGCUUUUACCCAGCAAAGCUUAGUUUUAGUCAAGAAUCUCCUCAUGAAUGGCAUAUUUUCUAGAUCCGAUGGUAAGAAUAUAACAUGUGGACCUUAGGAAAGCAGUGUUCAAUUGCAAAAUUUAGCUAAAUGUGAUCCUAUAUGGGCUUUGUCUGUAUGUUGGAUAAGGGAUGAUUGCAAAUUGAUGUUUCCAGAACCUGCAAAAACUACCAUUAUGUUAAGUUUUAAGUUUGUGUCUUAGGUGAGCAGUAUGGUGGCUGGUUCUGUGCUAUUUUUCUUUUCUUAUUUUGGUUUCCUGGGAUAUUGUGGUCAGUGUAAAAGAAACAUUCUCUUUUGAUUGCUAAUAUAUAGUAAUAUUAGUGGGGCUGUGAAAUAUGUGGGUUGAGGUUGUGUUGGGGAUUUUAAGUGGAAUGGAUUGGUAUAACUGCUUAACCUGUAGUAAGUUUGGAACCGAUGGAAUCGUUACUUCAUGGCUCUAGAUGUACUCCUUUUGCUUUAUGUGAACAGUACAAGUCCAGAAAGACGUCUUUUCAUUGGGAUGAUUUUGAAAUUUACGUUUUCCCUUUUUAUACUGUGCAAAAAAUGGUUCUCGGUUCUAAAUUUUCUGAUUUUUCCUUGAUUUUCCCCCUAAUGGUUUCGGGAUCAUAUCUAGGAUGCAUUGUAAUCAGGUUGAUUUUAAUUUUAAACUGCAUUCUGCUUUUCCUGAGUUAAUUUGUUUUCUUCUUAUAAUUAUUAUCUUUUCCUUCUCGUAAUGUGUGGUAUUUUGAUAAGUCACUAGGUUGCAAUAGGGCGUUUAGGUCUUGAGUGUAUUGUGAAGUUACCAUAGGGAGGUAGAUAGCAGAAUUCAAGUUUCUGCUUAGCCAGGUAGCUGACUGAGUGAAGACUAUGUCAAGCAUUGAGCUGCUGUCCGUCUUGAUCUCUUUAGCUUGCAAUAUACUCAUGAUUUUUUUUAGUUUGCUUAGUUGUGCCAUAGUAUCAUUUCAGGAGGUUCUUGACUAUAUCAGGUCUUUGCUGGGUAAAUUGCCUAUUUUGCCAAUGUGAAUGGAAGGUGAAGUUGCUGAGAUAUGGAAAUUUUGAUCUUCAAGAUUGGCUACUGUAAAGAUAUUUUGUGCAUGAUAUUGCAAGCUUGAAAAUUUUAUUUGUUUGUCAAAUGUUUUGCAAUGAGGACCAUGUAACUUCAGGUAGGUAUUCUAAUCAUAAUUACUUUCUGAUA